AUGACCUCCCCUGCAACCCCCCUAGUCGAAGUUCGAUGGCAUCUGGCGAUGGACUCGGACUCGGACUCAGACACCACUAUCACUCCCAGCAAAGAGCCCUUCCUUGACUUUGACGCUGAAACCUGUGCCCCGGAUUCCACCAACGAGGAAGCGGAAUGGACCCGCGCCUUUACCAAGGCUGUCCAAGAGGAUACUCGUACUCGCUACAUCGACCCCUUCAUCAUCCCCCAUAACUCCAGCAGACCAUGGACUCGCAGCAACAUUCUCCUCGAGGAAAUCAAGGACCUUCUUGCUGAUCCCCACAUGCGCGAGACCACCCGCACUCAGUUUCUCACGAUGGUCAACCACACUCUGCACUUGCACCAAGUGAUCUUCCACCACAGCGAUCAGUUCCUGGACACGAAGGAAACGGCCGAGGCCAAGGUUAUCACGGACAUCAUUCUCAACUACCUGGUCUGGGUGGAUGGCAAGCUCCGUGACCAGGUCUCUACUGCUGAGAAUGUCUUUGUUGUUCUUGAGCAAUUGGCCCAGGAGAAGACCACUGUCGUGGAGCGAUACACUCGCAUGGUCACUGUGGUUUCUGCUCAUUUGAAGAAGCCCCGUCCCCUGGAGCGCCGCCUCCUCACUCUCUUCCUGGAGUUUUAUGAAUCAUGGGUCCACGCUGCCUUCCUCCGUCAACGCAACCAUCAGAUUCUCGUCGAGGACAUUCCCAUCGUCGCUCGCAUUGACUUGUCGCGUCGCAUCAUUGCCGUCUGGGACGUCCUGACUCGCUGCAUUGAGAACUAUUCCCUCUACACUUGGGCCAGUCGUACCAUUCGAUCCAAGUACUUUGCUCCCGCUAUGGAUCUAAUGGCUGAAAACCCGGAUAUCUGGCAGAAAUCCUGGAACAAACGCUCGGCUGUUGACAGUCCUCAGUCUGACCAUGAUGAACUGUUUGAUGAUAGUGCAAGUGAUCAGACCGUGAGACCUACGCGAGUAGCGUGA